AUGGUGCACUCUCUAAGCCCAUGCACUGACGGCAGUGCUUCCCCGUGUGGGGUGGCUGUGCCACAGCCUGUUGCUGAUAGCUGCAAUGAGCCCUGUGUCCGUCAGUGUCCUGACUCCAGGGUGGUGAUCUACCCUCCACCAGUGGUUGUGACCUUCCCUGGACCCAUCCUCAGCACCUUCCCGCAGCAGAGCGUUGUGGGAUCUGCAGGAACCCCUGAAGUUGGAAGCGGCUUCAGCGGCUAUGGCAGCCUCUAUGGCUACCGGGGCCUCUAUGGCUCUGGGGACCGGUACAGCUGUGGUGGUCUCUACGGUUACCGCGGCAUUUAUGGCUCUGGGGACUACUAUGGCUAUGGGGGUCUGUAUGGCGGCUAUAGGGGCUACUAUGGCUCUGGAGACUGCUAUGGCUACCCAAGCUUCUAUUCCGGCCGCUAUGGCUACCCCUUUGGUUCACGAUAUGGCCUGAGGUUCGGCUACGGGAGCUGCUAA